CCUUAUCUCUCGCGACCUCCGCCGCGCCCGGACGCGUAGCCGACUCGCCGCGUCCGCGCUAUGUCGCCCUACAGACGUCACACUUACGUGUUUCAAGUUUCCUACUGUUUUUGUUUCAUGAAAGGCCGCAGUAGCCCGGAAAUGCGCCAGUGAUUUUUGAGUGUGACAGUUUAUCGAACGGUUUUUUUUUGUAAUUCAGUGUUUUGUUUUAGUUUUUUUUUUUUAAUUAUUUAAUUUGAGACACGACGAUGGUGUCGGAAGGGGCUCUGCCCGUUGUAUGGUGUAUGCGCGAUAAUCAACUUGUACCUCACCAAGUGUCGGGUGUGAAAUUACAAGGUGCCGUCACUGGUGCCCACAUCGCUGCCGUUACGGACUUCUUGCGUAUGGUAGCGGGGAAGCCGAUUAUUUUACCGCCCACGGCCGUGGCCGAGAGCAUAGACAAUGACAUUAAUAAAGAAAAGGAAAACACAACCAGACGUCGCAAAAUGUCUAUGCAAGUGGAGGUGCCUUGUGUUUUUCUUUCAGAGAGUGCACUGCAAAAAGCUAAGAGCCGAAAUAACUCCUUAGAAGAACAGGUAAUAUUUGAAAAUUCCAGUUUAUCUAUGACGACAUAUCCCGAAUUAGAUAGUCAAUUUUGUUGUAUUAGUAAAACCAAAAAUCCGAAAUUCGAAGAACGAAAUGGAGCUGAAAAGGACAGUUACCCCCAAAGAAUAACGAGAAUUAUCGAAUUGGACGAUUUUAAUUCCGAAAGUAUGAAUGAAACCGAAAAAGAACCCUUACAAAGGAUAACUAGGAUAAUUGAAUUUGAAAACGAUAAUUUUCCUACGCCCGUUGUAUCAGAGGAAGACCAUGAAAUGCCACAAAAAAUAACUAGGAUUAUAGAAUUUAACGAGGAUAAUUCCGUCUCUACCCUUACAAAUAGUAACGAGAGUAUUGAAGACGAAUCAUUAUCUCAUAAAUUAACUAGAUUAAUUGAACCUACAAAAGAAAGUAGUUUUACUAGUAUGGCUAAAAUAAUAGAAAUGGAAAACGAAAGAUCAAAUGAAAGAAGAAUAUCCUUAACCAGCGAACGAGACAUAGGUUGCGGAAUGACUGAAAGUUGCAGCACAAAUGUCACACGAUCUAAGCCGAUACAAAGGGGUAGGUUUAGCGUUGACUCAUCUUGCUCCGAAAACUCUUACGCUAACAUAGAGACUAUAAAUAGCACUCUUAAGAGUUUACAGGAUGUGAGAAAAGAAGAUGCUACGGACUUUGUGACAAACACUGAGUCGUUUACGUCUUGUAAACCGAUAGUGCGGUCGCGAUUCCGAAGAAAAAAAACCUCUGUAUGUUCCAUCGGCUCGUCGGACUGCGAUGACGAGAUAGACGUAAUUUUUAAAUCUAAACCAAAAUCUAGUCAAUGGGUGAGCUUGGAUUGGAUACCACCUCAACCCAAAGAAGAGCCAGUGAUUACUCAAGUCUGUGAUAAAAAUGAUUUUAUUUCAAAAUGGAUUGCCGAGCAGAAUUCUCAUGACUCAUGCAUAGUACAUGAAGAAAGAAGACGAAGUCUGCCUCCGAAGUCUAAUGAAAUCUAUUUGCAAAACAUGCGAAGGUUUAGUGACGGCUUGCAAAUUUGCAAAGAGGACGCGGCCAGUGAUUCUCCAGCAACGGUGAAAUGGAAAUGGCAUGACAUUGUAAAAAGACAUAUUCAGUUGUUAAAAAACGACAAAGGCUUCCGAAGACAAAGGGGUAGCUGGAUGCGCACAGCACGACGGCUCUCGGGAACAAAUGAAAAUAAUAAAACCGUGGAGAGCCUGCCCUUAGAUACCUACAUGAAGCUCAAUACAAUGACAUGGUACUUCCGAAAAAUUAAACGCAUCGAAGCAGAAAAGAAAUUGCUUCUACCAGAGAAUGAACAUGGUGCUUUCCUUAUUCGAGACUCUGAGAGCCGCCACAACGAUUUUUCAUUAUCAGUUCGAGACGGCGAUACGGUGAAACACUACCGCAUCCGACAGCUGGACGAGGGCGGUUUCUUCAUAGCCCGCCGCACCACCUUCCGCACCCUGCAGGAGUUGGUGGAACAUUACAGCAAGGACGCGGACGGGCUGUGCGUGUCGUUGAGCAAGCCAUGUGUUCAGGUGGAGAAACCGGUCACCGAAGGUCUCUCGCACAGAACGAGGGACCAAUGGGAGAUCGAUCGCUCGUCACUGAAGUUCGUCCGGAAACUCGGCCACGGACAGUUCGGCGAAGUGUGGGAAGGGUUGUGGAACAACACCACGCCGGUCGCCAUCAAGACGCUGAAAUCGGGCACAAUGGACCCUAAAGACUUCCUCGCCGAGGCGCAGAUAAUGAAGAAACUUCGGCACAGCAAACUUAUCCAAUUGUACGCAGUGUGUACGCUCGAGGAGCCGAUAUACAUUAUCACGGAGUUGAUGAAGAACGGCUCGCUCUUGGAAUAUUUACAAGGUAAAGGACGCGGUCUGAAACUCCAGCAACUGAUCGACAUGGCCGCACAGAUAGCCGCCGGCAUGGCGUACCUGGAGUCGCAGAACUACAUCCACCGCGACCUGGCCGCCAGAAAUGUCCUCGUGGCUGAGGGUUGCCAGGUCAAGAUAGCUGACUUCGGCCUCGCUAGACUUAUCAAGGAGGAUGAGUACGAAGCCCGAGUGGGCGCCAGAUUCCCCAUCAAGUGGACGGCGCCGGAAGCUGCCAACUAUAGCAAGUUCUCCAUCAAGUCUGACGUGUGGUCCUUCGGCAUUCUGCUCACCGAGCUCGUCACGUACGGCCGCAUACCGUAUCCAGGCAUGUCGAACGCGGAGGUGUUACACCAAGUGGAGCACGGCUACCGAAUGCCGUGCCCGCCCAACUGUCCCGCCGCGCUGUACGAGAUCAUGCUGGAGUGCUGGCACAAGGACGCGCUCAAGCGGCCCACCUUCGAGACGCUGCAGUGGAAGCUCGAGGACUUCUUCACCAUGGACAACUCGGAGUACAAGGAGGCAUCGGCCUACUGAGCCCGGCCCUCCCUGCCGCCCCACCGACACGCACACAAGCAUCAUACCCCUGGCCUGUAUGCCAUGCCGCCCGAGCUGCACAUGCUCCACAGCAGCGCGUCAAUGCAACACCUGCAGAUGCACCACGCGCUGCACGCGCACGGGCACGCGCACGCGCACGGGCACGCGGCGCACGGGCACGGGCACGCGGCGCACGGGCACGGGCCGUUGCCGCACGCAGCCACGCUCAGCCAGCUGCAGCAGGCGAGUCUGGGGCCGCUGUGCCACCGCCACAACGCGCACACUAUGUACCGUGCUCCGUAGACCGCGACACUUGCUCGUACGUCUAUUGUACACAUUACUGCAAUUUGAACUCACUUCUAUACUUUGUCGGCUUGCUACAGUUGAACAGUCUACAGAUGGCCUUGUGGCAUAAAACAGUUUAGAGAGUGUCUUUUAACAUUAGUUUGGAAAUUUUUGAAACUGUUUAUAAAUUUACAAACAAUAUCAAAAUCUCCUAUAUUUUUCUAAGACAAAAUCUACCUUGCCUUACAGUUUAUAUGUUUGGUUUUUUUAUUUUGCAUUUAACAUUGCUUGCUUUGUUAAAUUUUAUUAACAUUAAAUUGGCCUGUUUGUGAUUUACAAAACUAGAUAAUUAAUAAAAGAAAGAAGCUUUUUUAUACAAUAUAAUACAAUGGUUACUUAUUUAUCUCUAGCAUUAUUUUUACAGAAAAUCUCUUUACAAAUAUCUAAACAAAUUCAAUAUUUUUUAAUCAUCAGUUAUAAUUUAUAUUUAUGCAUGUUAUUUAAAUUGAAAGACAUCUCAAGUAACGUUUAGUGAUUUAACGCAGUCAAUGCUGACAAAGUAUAAAGUCUAUCCAUCCUUUUCUGUGCUAAACUUUAAAAAAGGGAUGGCUAUAUCUGUGAAUUGAGUUAAUGUUUUGUGUAUAUCACGAUAGGCAGCAAUAUUACUGAAGCAUAUAACAUUUGACAUGAAUAAACUAUACUCGGAGGCGCAAUUAUCCGCCCUCUUUAUUAUGACGCGAGUAUAUUAAAGUGGGCUGAUAAUUGCGCCUCUGAGUAUAUUUUAUACGGCCUUAUGAUUUACGGAAUAGAUUUACUAUACAACGUAAUAGUAUGAGAUCAGGCAUAAGAAUUAUAUACCCUCAUUUGUUAUUUAAUUGGGAUGAGAAAUAAACGAUAUAGUAUAUUCACAUUGACACAUUACACAUAGGUUGCCUGGUUAAAUUGCGGCCGGACUGUAUUAAAUAUUUUUUUGUAAUUUAUUUAGUCUCCUUCCCUUAUUGGUUUAUAAAAAAAACGUACAUGAGUUAAGAAUUGAAAAAGUUAAGGUUGCCUGCUUUCAGGUUGCUAGAUAUAAACAGUUAAGUAGAUAAUGUUAUUUUCUAUACCUUCAUCAGUUAUUUAUUCGUCUAAUAUGUCACAUUAAAGCUUAUAUUAUGCUUAAUUUAACUGUAUUAGAUUGGCUUUGAUCUAGUUCAUGGUUUUCUAGAUUUUGUACGAAAAAUGUUUAGUCGCAAUUUACUGUCUCACUGUGAACAUUAUCUAUCAUUUAUUUCAUAGCAAAUUAAUAACAGAUGAGGGAACAUAUUUCUAAUACCGGAUCUUAGACUAUAAGAAAUGAUGUCAUGCUUCAGUGAUAUUGCUUCGCGAAGCACUUCACGCCACAUCGCCCCAUUCCCCACACCUACCCCCAAUAUUACCAUGGAUUCACUCAUCAUCCCCCCAUAGUCGCAAUUUCACACACAAAUUGACAAUUUUCAUAAAAUAUUAUUAUUAUUUUAUACAUAAUUUUAAUUACAGCAACUUUCUCUUUAAGUAUUAUUUUCCAUUAGUGCAUUGAAACAUUAGUAAACAUACAUGAUCAUUGAUAUUAGGCAUCCCGUACACGAUCAAACAUGUUUGACAAACUUGACUUUUUCAUUAAGAAUCGUUUGACAAAAGCUUCAUACGAUCAAAUUGUUUGACAAACAAGUUUGAUUUGACGAAAGUUUCAUCGUUGACGGGGUCAUUUACUGUUUUUUAUCAAAAUACAUUGUAAUACAAGCGAUGACUUCAUGAAAAUAACUUUCGCCAAAAUACAUUUUUGUGCAUAAAUUAUUGUGUGUAAAAAUAAUGUCAAUAAAAAUAUUUAUUAAUUUUAUUUUAUUUGGAAAAAAAAUACAAGCGACGUUAUCUUUCAUGACUUUGAAAAUUACAAGACAAAAGUAUACUCGAUGUAUUGUUAGAAUUUAAAUGUGACUUCACUGUAUUACAUGAUGCACGCAAUCUUAUAUUUUCAACAUUUUCUUGGUAACUAGCAUGCAUGAAAAAUGUGAAACUUCCAAAUACAUCUAUCAACCAUAUUAUAUUGUAAAGAUCAUUUUGUUUAUAAAUUUUUUACUCUUUUUGCAUGGUCAGGGUCAAAGUAUAAAUAAUUUUAGUUAGAUCCCAAAAAAUUUCGUUCUACCCUCAGAGUUUUCAUAAAUACUUGAAAUUUUCUGAAAUUACGCUUGAGUAUUUAUUUAGAUUUUUGAUUUAAAUUAAAAUCAGUAAAUUUUUGUUUUGAUAUUUCAGAAAAUAUUCAUUUAGUUAUAAAACUUGAUGAGGAUAGGUCAAAUAUAAGUUGGGAUCUCAUACUAAUGCUGAUUAGAGGUAAAAAGAACCAUUUAUUUAUGAAAAAGUAUAAGUCGAAAUGCGUUAAAGGGGACGCAACUGUAGUAUGAGUGUACAAUGUACAUUUUGCAUCACUCUUCUAAAUUUCUACCCUUCAAAAUGUAAUGGUUUUUUUGAGACAUGAAUCAUAAUUUUUGAUUUUUAUUAAAUAUUUUUUGACAAUACGAGCGAGCCAUACGAUGAUCCAUGAUGAUCUAUAUUUUCUCAUUUCACGUCACAUAAACAAUAAACCUUAACCAAACGGUUUAGUGUUUGUCAAAAUUAGUUUGAGAUUUAUUCCUUUAGUACAUCAAGUAACAUUGUGACGUCACAAAAAGGACGACAUGCGUAUUUUACGUUUGGAAAGAAAUAUAAAAUAUGUGCAUUAUUUUUGAAUUAAGUUUUCUAUGAAAUCCUUAAAUUUUAUUAAUUGAUAUCUAUAUAUUUCGGACCCUUAUUCCAUGUACUAUAUAUACAUUUUUAUAUGAGUCAACUACCCUAUUGCUAAGUUCAUAUUGCAUCUCGUUUGUUACAAGCAGCUUUUUUAGAUAAAUUCCUACAAGGUGGUUCGUUUUACACAAUUGAAUCGGCUGUUUAUCCGAAAGAUCUUUGCCUGUCCCCUGUAGACAAAUAAAAAAUGGUUCUUCUUAUUUCUACCCUCCAAACUAGAGUUAUUUGAUUGCGUGUGCGAUAGUCAUGCUAAUCCAACCAUACGUGUUGAAAUUUGGUAGUGCGAACAUACACCAUACCCAAAUGUUUGAAGUGGCCUACAUAAUGUAAUAUGUAACGGCUAAUAUCGCAAGGGAAAUAAAAUUGUAAUAAAAAGACGUAAAAAUGUGUGUAUGUGUGUGCCGAUGUGCAUACAUACUCUAUGGACGACUGUGUAAAAAUAUAUAGAAUAUUUUAUGUAUUCUAAUAGGAGAAAAGACACUGUGUAAUACAUUAUAGUACGAGUAUACUCGUAUGUGUUAAUGACAUCAAUAAAACAUUACUUAUAAUUCAAACUCACAUGAAUUUAUUGGACACGUGUCUUCCAAUGUAAGGAGCACAUAUAACAUAUGACUUUUAUUUUGUUAGCACUUGAUUUUUCUCUAUUAAAAAUUUGCUUAUCUAUGGACUAUAUGUAUGCAAAUCUAUUCGGAAGAAAUAAACUCCAAAAACACAGUCGUUCUUAUACUAAACGUAAAACAAAUAUACGGUAAGAUAUAAGUAAGUUUACUAUAAUAAAAAAAUAGUAAAUAUAUUAUCUCGAGGCAAGGACCUCUAGCCAUAUCGAUUAUUAUAUUUCUACAAUCGUCAAUCGCUUUGAAAACUAAAAUAUUAAUGGGAAUGUCAUCGUUGUUAUGUCAUUCCCAUGCGUUUUUAGUUUUCGAAAUGUUAGCGAUUGUAGAAAGGGAUAUCGAUACGUAACACGGCCUGAGGCCAAGGAAUUGUUGUUGCGAGUCUGCGACCGUUUCUCACUGCCGUUUACACAAUUUUAUUACUCUUCGAUAUCGUUUGUAAGUUUACUUAGACUGCCUACGAUUUUUCUAAAUGUAUUUUAGCGUACGGAUAGGUUAACGGUUAAAACUUAAACACUUCUUAUAUCGAAUAAGUCGUUGGAUGAACGUUCGCGGAAAGUAAGAUUCGUUUGUUGUUGUAUUACUCGUAGAUUUAAUACCGGUAUUGAAUAUUAUUGAAUAUAAAUAAUAUAAUAUGACCGUUUAUCUACAAGCGGUUGGUUGAUACGAAUUGAGUUCAAGUGUCCUAUAGCUUUUUGUCAGUGAAUUAGUUGAGCUAGUUAUGUCUGGAUGUAGCUUCGAAUUAGUUUGGUCCGCUUAGUUGACGGGACGCGAGGGCGUGGCGUGCGCUAGCGAGCACGGGGCGUGCGCAAGCGAGCACGGAGCGUGUGCAAGCGAGCACGGGGCGUGCGCGGGACGUGCGCGAGCGAGCACGGGCGGGGAGCGCGGGACCGCAUGUGUGUGUAUGUCAGGAGGAAAUUUAGGUUCGGCAGGGAUUCUUAUCACUCACGACAUGAGGAAUUUAUGUUCGAAGAGACGCAUUAUCGGAUUUAUAGGUAUUUCUCACCUUCGUAUACCAUGUUUAAUGUAGAAUAAACGAUAUUGGUGAUAGAUGCCAAAUAAUCCUAUUAAAGAACUGAAUUUUUAUAUAUAUAAAUACAUAUUAACUGUUCUGAGGGUAUUUAGACGUAGGGAUUUAUUUAUGUAACUUAUAUAACAUACGCGUUUUCGUCUAGUACGUUUGUUUAUAAUAUGCGUAAUGUUUUUUUUUAAUGUUUUUAAUUAGACGUGUGCUCUGUGUUGAGUUUCCUACGUAUUUUAUUGUCGUAAUUACGAUCUUCGUGUAGUCGUAUCUAGUAUCAAUUGUAAUUUGUAACGCUAUACGUAUCGAUUGAUAUUUUAUUUGUGCCAAGACUUUAGUUUAAGUGAAAGUUUAAUGUUGCCACAAAUAAUAAUUCUAACAUUUAUUUCUUUGCAAGACACGAUAGGUGACCUAAUUAUCUAAUAUCUUGUGCCCGCUAUUCACGAUGACCAAUAUUUUGGCGGAUAUUGAGGUUUUUUCGAAACACCCACACUAUAGUUUGGCUACUGAAAGUAGAGAUUGAAAAAGAAAAACAAUCUACUACUAUAAAAAAUCUAUUUAUAAAAUUAAAUUGCAAGUAUCAAACGGAAUUAUUCCAAUAAUUGCACUAUAAUUUUGGGAAUGUACUGGCGAUUUAAAACUACUUUCAAUAGCCAACAUAUUGGCCAACGUAGUCGCCAAUGUAAUCGUGAAGAGCGGGCAUCAAAUGAAAAUUUUAAAAAAUAAGACACAAAUUGGCCUAAGGAAUACAUAUUUUUUAAAAUAUCGACGUAGGUUUUGUAUCCUAAUUCCUAACGCUUUAGGUUUAAAGUGUAUUUUAUCGACAUGUUGGUAGUAGCAUUGUAAAAUGCCAACAUGUGUUUCUACUCAUUCGUUAAAACUGCACUGUAUUUGAAAUUGUGCAAUAUUUAUUGUAAUAUUAUCACUACCCGGUGCUUAGAAUUUACUUACUUGUUUAUCGGGAAUAUUUACAAUAUUUAAUGAGAAAUUAUUUCCAUCCUCAGAACAAUUAAACACAAUUGUUUACUACUACGUAAGUUUUAAUUCUAUUUCAUCGAUCUCCUAUUAAAAAGUGGAUGCACAAUCAUCGACCAAAAAACGUCCCCACUUAAUGAGUGCCAAACACAACUCCUAGGCACUCAAUUCAGGUAGUCGCAUUUGCAAAUUCAACCUAAAACUCAAUCCUUAAGGUUGAAUUUACUCUGAAUUUGGGAUUUUAUUGAAUAUUGGACUUUAUUUAAAGGUCUUUAGGUAUUAUUUUCUUUACCAAUAAUUCUAAAACUGUAAAAGCAUAAUUGGUCAGUCUUUAAGUGAAAUUUUGUACAUGAUUGUGCGUCCCUUUAUUAUAAGAGGUCAAUGUUCUAUUCCAAUACUUUGAUGACUCUGAUAACUGUGCAAAAGUUUUAUUGACUUCAUGAAUUUUCUCUCGCACUAAGUGUAAAUAAAUGUUUACAAUAUGUAGUAAUGCUUAUUAAAGUUAUGAAUGUAUUUAGUAUGUUGUUGGAACAGAGUACUGCCGAUACAGAAGUCCACUUUCUCGACCAUUCCAAUAGGAUCCCGAUGAUUUGAACGGUUCAAAAUGGUUUUAGUGUAAUAGUACUUUCACGAUUAAUGAUAAUAAUUAAGACAAAUGGUUGGGGAGCCCAUGUUACAAAAUGUGUAUUUACUCGAGCGUCGUGGGGAUUUGGUAGAUUAGAUGAUAGAAAUAAUAAAUGGUUAUGGACCUCUACAAUUCAACCAGUGGGGAAUUAUAAAUACAAUUUUUAUUAGAUUGGCUUGUCGAAAUUAUCGGAAUUUUUUCGUUAUUUUUCGGUUUACAAAAACAAAAAUACAGGGGUUUUAUUUUGUAACUAACCCACUUUACGAUCUGACGUAUUGAGUACGUCUGAAGUUUUUUUUGUUUGGCCUUAAGCAUACCAAUAUUGAGGACUCAUAUUUAGUAAAGGUACUCAACAACAUGAAAGGGGCUUUCCUGAGGCGCUCGAGUUAAUCCCAAAAUUUCCUCUUGGGCUCCCCCAUCUAAGGAGAAUUAUGGCGCACAAAAGUAGUUUUCUAAUUGCGUAUUUGAAUAAGGUGCCUCGAAAUUCUAUACGUUUUUACGUCACAGUAAUAUCGUAUUCGAUUCAUGCGUUUCUCAUAUUAUAUCGCACGUAAGCGAAAAAUAUAUUACGAAAUAAAUGUGAAAAUCCAAUAGAUAUUUUGAUUCGAAUAAAUGUUAAAUAUUUUUGAAACUAUAGAAUAUUAUGAUAGUUUAGAAAUUAUAGUCCCCUGUAAGUUGUAAACAUAGUUACGUUUUACUUUGUAAUGAUAAAAAAAUAGGUAAACGGUUAAAUUAAAAUGGAUUUGUUGAAAUAUACCAAAGAACCUUGUUAUAUUUCAACAAAUUCAGUGGUUCUUAGUCAUGAGCUGGUUCAUGAUUUAUCUAUUUUAUUAUUAUGGAAACUAUUUCAAUUCUCAAAUACUUUGUCUAAUAUUAUACAUAAUUAUUAAUUUAUAUCUUUUGAACAUUUCGCUUACGUGUAAAUUAUUUUGCACGGCACUAUUGAUACUCGUUGAAGGAAUGGAAUUGUGAGGCAAGACGACCAUGAAAUUUAUAUGUUUUUUUUUUAACUUAUUUUGUAAGUUUUAUUCCUGUCGCGUUUGAUGUAUUUAGAUAUUCCCAAAUCAAUUUGUAUUAUUUGAAUAAUUUAUUAAGAUUUAUUUAAGUUUUUAUAACAGCUGUAUAAAAUUGCUUUAGGCUUCGCUUUGGCAGUGGCUAAGUUCGCUAUACACGUAACAAUAAAUAAUGUAUUCGUACUUUAUAAUUUAGUUAGCCAAUGUUAAGUAUAUUUGCGUAUAGAAUGACGCCAUCACAAUUACUAAGGAUGCGAUAAAUGUAGGAUAAGGUUACGUGAAAGAUGAGUGUUAGAUAUUAUUAAUUAUAAUGAUAUUAGUAAUUGUUGCUGUUACAUGAGAUCGCGCGUUUUCAGUACUGUACAGCGAUUGGUUGGAAUCGUAUAGAGCGACUGAUGUUAUUUGAUACUUGUUCUAUGUGAACUAAGGUCUUAUUACCUCCGAGUAUCAAUUAAAUUUAUUUUAAGUUCCCCAUACGUUGAUAUUACAUUGUCGAUGAUUAACGCUAUUUAACUCAACCUCCUUCAUUGUCUCAUAUCAUUUUUUUUUAAUUAUAACGAUUCGAUUGUCGUCUGUCGUCAGUGUAAUAUCAAUUAUGUGCGGUUAUGAUUAUUAUAAUAUCACUUAUUUGUAAAGAUUUUUUUAACACAACAAUAAAUAUAAAUGUGAAAUA